AGAUCUUUAACGUCCACCUGAACAGGGCCUGGACUGGGGAGUGAGAUUUAACGUCUGAUCCGAAGGACAUCCUCGUGCUCUCCCUCCCCCCGACUUGCUCACUGGGUGAGGGCACUGCCAGCAGAGAGAAUAGCAAAGCCCAGGCUCCGGUUCUGGCAAAUCUCUCCCCGCGGACAUGAUGAACACCAACCGAACAAGCAAAGCCCUGAGGGUGAAGAGGGAAUCGGGAGAGAUCUCCCAGGCCCUGACUGACCAGGAGUUGGUGUCUCUGUCGGUGAGAGAGCUGAACCACCACUUGCGGGGGCUGAGCAAGGAGCAGGUGGUGGACCUGAAGCAGAGACGCCGGACGCUAAAGAACCGCGGUUACGCUGCGAGCUGCCGUGUGAAGCGCGUGACGCAGAGAGAGGAGCUGGAGCAGCAGCGAGCGGAGCUGCAGGACGAGGUGGAGAAGCUGGCGGAGGAGAACGAGAGCAUGAGGGGCGAGCUGGACAACCUGCGCGCCAAGUACCAGGCCCUGCAGAGCUUCGCCCGCACCGUGUCAGCCGCCAGAGCCAAUACGGCCAGCGUCAUCACCAGCGUCAAGUCUGCUGACCCGGCUCGCCGCUAGCACUCGCACUCACUGCCCCCCCGCCCCGUCCUCCCCA